AGUGAAACUUAUGAAGCAGUCAAAGACUGUGGAUUUACUAUCUAGAAAAUUAGCAACAAAAAAGAAGGCUAUUUCUACAAAAGUUAUGAAUAGUAGUGUGGUGAGGAAAACUGCCAGUUCUUGCCCAGCUAACCUGACCUGUGACUGUUAUGCAACAGAUAAAGUUUGCAGUAUUUGCCUUUCAAGGCAGCAACAGGUUGCACCUAAGGCAGGUACACCAGGAUUCAGAGCACCAGAGGUCUUGACAAAGUGCCCUAACCAAACUACAGCAAUUAACAUGUGGUCUGCAGGUGUCAUAUUCCUUUCUUUGCUUAGUGGACGAUAUCCAUUUUAUAAAGCAAGUGAUGAUUUAACCGCUUUGGCUCAAAUUAUGACAAUUCUUGGAUCCAGGGAAACUAUCCAGGCUGCUAAGACUUUUGGCAAAUCAAUAUUGUGUAGCAAAGAAGUUCCAGCACAAGACUUGAGAAAACUCUGUGAGAAGCUCAGAGGUGUAAAUUCUAACACUCCUAAAUUAGCAAGUGAUAUACAAGAGCUCACUUCUCAAGACCCAAAUUUUUCAGAGAAGAUGGACCAUAAAGCUGCUCACCUCAUACAAACACCUAAAGCACAACACUCAGGGAAUUCAUUGUACAAAGGGGAAAGUAAUUGCUGUGGGGGUAAUUUUGAUGAGUCUCCUACCAAUCUAGAAGGCUGGGAUGAGGUACCUGGUGCAGCUUACAACCUGCUUGAUAAACUCCUAGAUCUAAAUCCUGCUUCAAGAAUAACAGCAGAAGAAGCUUUGUUGCAUCCAUUUUUCAAAGAUACGAGCUUAUGA